AUGCUGGUGGGGCUGAUCAGCGACACACAUGGUGUCUGCGAUGACCAAAUCAUCCACGCCUUCAGGGACGCGGGCGUCGAGCAUGUGGUCCAUGCCGGCGAUGUCGGCCAUCACGGAGGCCAUGCAGAGGUGCUGGAAUGGCUAGCACCAAUUGCCCCAGUGACGGCAGUCCGUGGGAACGUGGACGAUGGGCCAGACGUUGACCUGCCACAGCAUGUUGUGCUCCGCCUGGCCGGCUGGACCAUGCUGGUGCUGCACAUCGCCGGCAUGCCGCCCAAAGUCUCCAAGGAAGCACAGGCGCUGAUCGCUCUCCAUGACCCAGAGAUUGUGGUGACCGGGCACAGCCACAAGUACUCUGUGGAGAAGUGCCCGGCAGGCCGCCUCUUCAUCAACCCUGGCUCAGCGGGACCCGCCCGCUUCAAGCUGCCUCGCUCCGCCGCCAUCCUGGCCCUCACAGAGACACAAGGCGAGGCAAAAACUGAUUGGAAGAAGUUCUUGGCGGCCUGGCACCGCAAGGGUAGCCUCUUCAUUGCAUGCUGGCCUCAUUGUGUAGUGGUGCCGCCAAUCGCUCCACGUCCCUGUACCCCCACACCACUUCCCACCACUUCAAUGACCCUCUGCAGAUACAUUCCCAGACCCAGACGUGAGGUACAUUGCACUCCCUGCAAAAGGGCCAGCCCGGGCCACAGGCGCGACCCGUGGCGCCAAGCGGAAAGGCAUGGGGCGCAGCAGGCGCAGCAGGCGCAGCAGGCGCUGCGCCCCCCUACGCGGCCCCGGCCACGGCCGCCCUCUUGA